GCUUGCUUGUGAUUGGUAAAACCGUAAAAGGAGAAUAUAUGCGAAGUAGCCCAAAAGAUACUCUCCCCUGAUAAUUGGGCAUUCCUCUCCGGCACAGCCAUGGAGGGACCCAUACAAUACAAACAAAAUCUCUGCCUGACAGUCUUGAGCUACAGUUAAGUGCCUCAUAGAUAUUUCACUCAAAACUAUAAACCGAAAAGCGCAAACAGUUAGUUCCUCUCAAGAAUUGGAAGACUGUGUAACAAGGAAAAGCAUGGGGUCGAUUGCAAAGAAGGGGUUGCAGCAGUACUUGCUUCAGCUUCAGCAUCAUCCUCUCAGAACUAAGGCAAUUACAGCUGGGGUUUUGUCAGCGAUCAGUGACAUAGUGUCUCAGAAGCUCACCGGCAUCCAGAAACUUCAGUUAAGACGGCUGCUUCUCAAAGUGCUUUUUGGAGCUGUUUAUCUUGGACCAUUUGGGCAUUUCCUGCAUUUAAUACUUGAUAAGAUUUUCAAGGGGAAGAAGGAUUCAAAAACAGUAGCCAAGAAGGUGCUGGUGGAACAGUUGACAUCUUCUCCUUGGAAUAACUUGCUUUUCAUGCUUUACUAUGGCUUGGUUGUGGAGCGAAGACCCUGGAUGCAUGUAAAGAAUAAAAUUAAGAAGGACUACCCGUCAGUGCAAUACACAUCGUGGACGUUUUGGCCUGUUCUGGGUUGGAUAAAUCACCAGUAUGUCCCUCUCCAUCUCCGUGUUGUCUUCCACAGCUUGGUCGCUUUUGGCUGGGGAAUUUUCCUAAACUUACAAGCAAGAUCUGUGGUAUUACCAAAGGCUAAGUGAAGCGACGGAAUUUUUUGGAUUGGCCUCAAAUAAUUUGUGCUCCCUCCAAGUGACUUCUAGUCACAGAUGGUCUUUCUUCAACAAUUAUGAAGUCUACAUAAAGCUGAUAUAAGCCCUGGAUCCCGUUUUCAUGUAUGCAGGAUCUUGUGAACGGUAUUCGAAAUGACUAAAUGUGUGAUCUGUGCUUAUUAUUUUUUGGUAAGCAAGUAUGAAUUGACAUGCUA